AUGUGUUUUUCAUCUCCCAAAUGUUGCACUUUUUUUCCAUUCUUUUUCCUUCUGGUCUCUGUUAUCACCCAACCGAUCGUGUCUCGCUUUCCCUCUUCCUCUUCCACUUCAUCAAUCUAUUCUCGUUCAUUUUUCAUGCCUGCCUUCAUAUUUUUCCUCUUUCUUCAUAUAUUUUUUACCUCUGCUCAUUUGUUUUUUCUAAUCAUCACCCUCAUCCUCUAUUUUUGUGUAUUUAUGUGUGCGUGUGUAUGCUUCGUUUUUCUUCCUUCCGUUUCUUCAUCUAUAUCUCUAUCUCUCAUUUUUCUUCACUCUGUAUGUCUUUUUAAAUGCUCUUCUUCAGGCAGUAGCAUCACCUUCGCAUCCUCUUCUUCUUUUCUUUCAGACUUGACCCCGUUGCUGUGUUAA